AACACAACAAUCCCCCUCUCCCAAUAAAAAAAAAAAAAUCAAAAUCAAACAGACAGGGCCACCCCUCUCAAAAAAGAAACUUAGCACCAACUCAUCCUGUUUUCCCUCGCCAGCAAUAACAUGGGAACCGCAGGGGACGUCGGUACAGCUGUUAGCCGGUAUAUGGUUGCUGAUGAUGCUUAUCGUGAACACCGUCUAUCGUUCGAACCUCAAGGCCAUGCUAAUUCUCCCGCGUCUCGAUCUUCCCUUCAACAGCUUGUCCGAACUCGUGGAAACUGACAUCCGGACAUUUGUGCCGGCUGGGUCCUUUGUAUAUAAAGCUGUGAUGGAAUCGGCUCCAGGAACGACCCUCAACCGCUUUGCGAAGCAGAUGGACGCUCACGUAAACCGCAGUCUCGCCAUAAGCAACGUGGUGAUGGGGAAAACGGCGUCGCUUGUCGAAAAGGAUAUUUCGCUGAAUACUAUUGGUGCAUUGUACAAUGAGACAAAGAGCUGUCCUCUGUAUGUAGCGUCCGAAAAGAUUUUCAGUCAUUCCAGCCUCUCCAUAGCUUUCCCAAAGGGCUCCAAACUCAAAGCGAAAGUGGAUCCUAUACUCACCGCCCUCAAAGAAUCGGGCAUCCUCGAUCACCUCUUGAACCAGCAAGUUCGAUACACCAGGCGAUGUCUCGACACCAAGACCGAAGCAAUAGGUUCGGAUCGACGCCCACUCGAACUGCAGGAUUUUUACGGACUUUUCUGUAUCUACGCUGGAGGAAUAAUACUAGCCACAAUAUCGUUCAUUAUUGAGGUUAGUUUAAGUGCACGCGGGCGGCAUCCACGAACGCAGUAAUGACAACGAGCCUAAUAUGAUAACGACUUCUACGGACCUACGAACAAUAUCUUCAAGUUAACUGUAUCAGUAGAUAAUUAGUGUUAUAGGGCUAUUU